GCCCCCCAGGGCCAUAUGUCGGAAUUGCAACAAGGAGCCGAGCACCAACAUGGGCUGUACAUGCUGUUCCUUCUCGUGCUGGUCUUCUUUCUCAUGGGCCUCGUGGGGUUCAUGAUCUGCCAUGUACUCAAGAAGAAGGGUUAUCGCUGUCGGACAUCAAGAGGCUCAGAGCCUGAGGAUGCCCAGCUCCAGCCACCGGAUGAUGAGGAUAUGAAUGAGGACACAGUGGAACGGAUUGUGCAGUGCAUCAUCCAAAAUGAAGCCAAUGCCGAGGCUUUGAAAGAGAUGCUUGGGGACAGUGAAGGUGAGGCAACAGUACAGCUGUCCAGCCUUGAUGGUGCUCCUAGCCUGCAAGAUGGGACUCCGUCUCACCACCAUACAGUUCACCUGGGCUCAGCUGCCCCUUGUAUCCACUGCAGCCGAAACAAGAGACCACCUCUCGUCCGACAGGGCCGCUCCAAAGAGGGCAAAGGCCGUACUAGGCCAGGGGAGACCACAGUGUUCUCUGUGGGCAGGUUCCGGGUAACACACAUUGAGAAGAGAUUUGGGCUGCAUGAACAUCGUGAUGGCUCACCCACAGAUAGAAGCUGGGGCUCCAGUGGUGGGCAGGACCCAGGGGGAGGCCAGGAUUCUGGGAGAGGGCAGAUUGGACCUGGGACUUCUGCCACAGAAAGACUUCCAGCAUCAGGACCAGAGGCUGACGUCCUAUCUAGUCCCCCUGUACAGAAUGGAAAUGUCAGAGAAAGAAGCCUAGCUCCUUCUCUGAUUGAGAGGUCCUCUGGAACCAUGGAAGACUUGGAGGCAGCAGCCAGAGAGAGGGACACAAGGCCAGUUUUGUCCAGAAGGGAAACUAAUGGACAGCCAGCCAAACUGGAUGCCUCAGAUCUCCAGGUGCUGCCACCAGGUGGCUCAGGAGAAGUGUGAGCUUCAUCUUCACUCCCUACUGCAAGGAUCAGUAGCUGGCUGGGCAGGGAAGAGGGGCAAGCAUGAAGCUCCCUUCCCACUCCGAGACAGCAUUGCCCUCCAGGAAACAGAACAACCUCUCUUCCUGGGGAAUUCUAUUAUCUCAGGCUGGGAAUGCAGAGUGGUCCCCAGCAUCUCAAUCCCUUCCCUUCAUUACAUCCCCAGCCUAAGACAAGUCAAAGGUGGGGAGUUGACCCUACAUUCACCCCAGGCUCCUUCCUUCUCCAUCAACU